UUGUUAAUUGAACGCAACGGUGUUUACGGCUGCUGCGCUAGUGUUAUAUAUAUACACAUACUUACAUAGUUGUCUUGAUAGUGGACGCCGACAGCAGCGUUCCCUGCAGGUUGUUGCCGCCACUAACGGCUGACGUUUGCCUUCAUGCCUUCAUGCCUACAUUCAUUUAGUUGCUCGUGCUCGUGUACACCAGGCGUUGUGCUGUUUUGUAUGGUGUACGGUGAACACGCACGCUUUGCUAAGCUCAACAAAAACGUGUUGCAGGAUAUCAUAGAUGCGUUGGCAGCGCCAAACAACACAUGUUUAGUGUGUAGCAGUGUGUUUGAUGUGUCUGUGUGCGUUACUCAUACGCCCCGUCAACUCGUUAAAUGGUCGCACUCAAUUAGACAGUCGCUACACGGUUUCGGUCAAGGUCAGCUGUGCUAAGUUGUACUUCUUCGCGUUGUUAUUGCUUUCUUUUUAAUUUAAUAAAUAAUUAUGAAUUUGGCUUUGUGCUGCUUUGUGUUCAAUAAAAGACGUCAAGUGAUAGAGCAGUGACGUUGAAGUGGGAGAAAUUGUGAGUUUUUGUUAUAACACAUUCCAGCGCCUUUAGACAUACAUAUAUACAUAUAUAGUGUAAACAACAACACCUAUAAAGACACACACACACACAGACAAUAGCCAGACAUCAAAACUUGUAUGCCAUGAAAAUGCCGCAAACCGAAGAUGAAGUUAAUGAAAAGAUUUACGAUCAUCGCAUCAUGCCGGAUUGGUCGAAUGUGGUCAACGAGACAAAUGGCACAAUGCACUAUUCGAAGGAUAUGAUCUUCAAUGAUGGACAUCGUCUAUCCAUAACAGUUUACAGCAUCCUGCUUGUGCUCUCAUCGAUCGGCAAUUCCACAGUGUUGUAUUUGAUCGUAAAGCGACGUUGGCAUAAUCGUACACGCAGUCCGUCCCGCAUUGAUGUUAUGCUGAUGCAUUUGGCCAUUGCUGAUUUGAUGGUGACUUUCCUAUUAAUGCCGCUGGAGAUAGCGUGGGCGUAUACAGUGCAAUGGCGUUCCACCGAUUUUGUUUGUCGCACAAUGAGCUUUUUCCGCGUGUUCGGCUUGUAUUUGUCGAGUUUUGUGCUAGUCAGCAUAUCGAUAGAUCGUUAUUAUGCCAUUUUGAAACCGUUGAAAUUCUCAACAAAUCGCGGUCGUAUUAUGCUCGCAAUUGCAUGGAUCGCAUCAGUGAUCUGCAGUACACCGCAGGCAUUCCUAUUCCAUUUGGAGCAACAUCCCAAAGUGAAGGGCUACUAUCAAUGCGUUACAUUCCAUUCCUUUCCCACCGAACUGCACAAACUAGUGUAUCAAAUCUCGAAUAUGUGCGCCAUGUAUGCCUUCCCACUGGUAACAUUCAUCUAUUGUUAUGGCCGCAUCUAUUUGGAGAUCUAUCGCAAGAGUAAGCGCAUGGUUAAGGGUGAUGACAAAAAUGGUUUCGCUCGCUUCCGACGCUCCAACGAUGAUGUGCUGGGACGCGCUAAAAAGCGUACGCUGAAAAUGACUAUAACAAUUGUGAUUGUAUUUGUGAUCUGUUGGACGCCAUACUAUAUUAUCUGUUUGUGGUUUUGGCUUGAUAAGACUUCUGCAUAUGAUGUGAAUCCGUUGUUGCGUAAAAUACUCUUCAUAUUUGCCUGCACGAACUCGUGUAUGAAUCCGUUGGUGUAUGGCGUGUUCAAUAUACGUGGCAAAACGAAUAAUAACAAUACGUCCGUUCAUAAUCGCCAUACAUCACUCUCCAGUGGCGGUCGCAUGGCUAUGAGAGAACGUAACGGUAGUGCACAUACCGUUGUCACAUUACCGGCGGUGAUCAAUGGCAGCUCUGGUGACACCAGCAAUGUCACACAAAGUACCACACUCUCAAAUGAUAUAUUCACCAUAUCGAAAAUCGCCGAAGAUAUAGAAAAAGAGAAGCCACCAAAGAUUGUAAUAAGUGACACCAUUGAAUUGGCGCAUGUUCCAAAGUCGCAAUGAACUACGCAUGCAUCCAUUGUUAAGGUGAUAUCAAUGAGUAUCCUCAAGCGUUUGGCUAAAUCCACAAAGAAAUUGAGGAAAUUUUUUUACACGCACAUAUCUUCAUAAAUACAUACAAUACUUGUGUAUGUAAUUAAGUUAUUUUGUACCUUCAAUAUACGAAAAUAAGGAAUUUUUAUUCGAAACUGUCUGUCGCGCGGCAGUUCAACUAGCAUCAGAGUAUGUUGCGAAGGGUCUCUUUUAUAUUGACCGCUGAUUAUACUUUUGCUCAAACUUAAUUAUAUAUCGUAUGCUAGUUGCGGGUUAAGUAAAUUAUAUACACACACUUAUCCAAUAAUAUUGGAUAUGCUGAAGAUGCCUACUGAGUUAUGCUAAUUAUCUAGUGUUAAGAAGUAUGUUUGCAUGUGUUUGUAGUUGUAAUAGUAGCUGUAGCUGCUUUGCUGGAGUUUGUAGUAGUUUAAGCUUGAACUUAAUUUAAUUUAUUCAUAAUAAAUUUUGAAAAAAAUACACAAAAUAAAAAAAAGAAUGUAAUUAAGUUAUUUCCAAUCGAA